CCCAAUAGUUGGUGAAGCUUCCAAAACCAGAAGAUCACCAAUACUUCAGCUUCCCUCUCCUUUUCUUUUUCUUCUUCCUCUCUGAGGUCGGAGUUGAUAUACCAUGAAGAACAAGCAGCAACAAAACCCACCACCCUGUUUUCUCAAACACUUCGUGAAGGCUCAAAUGCAAAUCAACAAGAUCAUCUCUAUUUUCCUCAUCUUUGUCUCUGGCCUUGCCCUUGGAAUCACCCUAAGCUUCUACAUCAAAGACACCCCUCUUCAAAUCUACACCGCAUUAGCGCAAGCGAAAACCAAUUUCGAUUCCACCAUAUACAAAUUAGUCCCUAUAGAUUCUCCCCCACCACCACCACCACCUUCUCCUGUUAAAAAUGAAACCAAUAUCACCACCAAUCCCCUCUCUUCACCGCCGGCUUCUCCACCUCCGCCAGUCGAGUUGAAAAAUUACGUAAAGGUGCCGAGUGCCAUGCAUGGUAUGGAGGAUUCUGAGUUAUUGUGGAGAGCUUCGAUGGUGCCAAAAAGAAGUGGGGCAUUGCCAUUCAAGAACACCAAGCCAAAAGUGGCCUUCAUGUUUUUGACCAGAGGGGAUUUGGCUUUGGCUCCUUUAUGGGAACGUUUCUUUAAAGGAAAUGAAGGGCUUUACUCUAUCUACGUCCAUGCCAGUCCAACUUCCGGCGAGACAAUGCCGGAAAAUUCUGUGUUUCACGGCAGAAGAGUCCCGAGUAAGAAUGUGACGUGGGGUGAGCCAAACAUGGUACAAGCAGAGCGCCGCCUAUUAGCCAAUGCACUGCUGGACUUGUCCAACCAACGUUUCAUUCUGCUCUCGGAGUCGUGCAUACCACUAUUCAACUUCAAAACGGUCUAUGAUUACGUUAUGGACUCAACCAAAACAUUUGUGGAGGCCUACGACUUGCCCGGUCCAGUGGGCCGAGACCGAUACAGGAAACAAAUGAGCCCAACAAUCAAGCUUGAGCAAUGGCGGAAGGGGUCGCAGUGGUUCGAGGUGGACCGCCAGUUGGCACUGGAGGUGGUUUCGGACAGAAGGUAUUUUCCGCUGUUUGAGAAGUACUGCGUCCCCUCGUGCUACUCGGAUGAGCACUACUUGCCUACUUACAUGAGCAUCAAAUUUUGGAAGAAAAACUCGAACCGGACUUUGCAUUGGGUUGACUGGUCGAGAGGGGGGCCACAUCCGUCAAGGUAUCAGAGGACGGAUGUGACUCAUGAGUUCUUGAACAAGAUGAGAUUUGGAACAACAUGUGAGUACAAUGGGAAGAACACUAACAUAUGUCAUUUGUUUGCAAGGAAGUUCAUGCCUAACACUUUGGAUAGGCUUUUGAGGUUUGCUCCCAAGCUCAUGCAAUUCGAUUGAUUUUUGUGAAGGAGCAUUUUUCUUUUUCUUUUUUCUCUUGGUGGUGAUCAUUCAUUUCUCUUUAAACCAAUCCGUUAUAAGUUGAUGGUUGGUUCAAUCAUUGGUUUUGAGGGUUUUCUUAUCCCUGACUCUUGAGUAUUAUAGUGGAUUGAG